UUAAAAAUUGGAUCCAAGCUUAAAUCUUAAAUCUGACCCAAUAGUUAAAUUAUAAAAUUGACUCAACAGUGUGAGUGUAAAAGUAAGAUGGGAGGGGAGAGGGGUAGGGGGGGGGGGUUUAAAAGUAUGUACAUUUCAGGCAUUUAGAUUUUCAAGAUUCCCAACUUUUUCCUUGUUGUAACGCCGUCCAUUUAAGUACUGUAGAACCGGGUCUAGCCUGGCCCCGAAUAGCCUUGCUAAUACGCAUUUGUGUGUGUACAUUUUUCAUCCGUGUAGCUUGUGUCACUUGAAGAAAACUGUAUGACAUGUAGGUGGUUUUAAAAGUGCUAUCAGGGGGGUUGAGUCGAGUUUGCGACUACUUUUGGCGUUCCUGCGAAAGCGAAGAGAGAGAAAGACAGAUGAGGGGAGGGAAGAGAGAGAGGACGCAGCCUUCUCCCUCCCGGCCGGAGGACGAAAUCCCAAAAAAAAAAAAGGAGACGGCUCUCCUCCUCCUCUCCACGCGGACGCAUCCCCCUCCACGGGUCAUGGACGGCGUGGCGGCGGCGUCGCAGCACGACGACGACGACGACGGCAGGUUCCGCGCCCUCGCCUACGACACGGCGCUGAGCACGCUGCUGGCCCUGGCCGUGUACGUGGCGCUCAAAGCGGGCCUGGACGGCGUCCGGCGGUGGCGCGCCCGCACGGCGGUGCUCGUGGUGGGCUCCGGUCCGGUGGGGCUGACGGCCGCCCUGGUCGCUGUCCGCUCGGGGAAAGUGCUGAAGCUGACCGUGCUGGACGAGCGCAGCCGGAGCGCGCUGCUCUGCCGGCCGCAGCAGAUCGCCCUGGACCCGCGCAGCGUCGACUUUCUGCUGGGACUCGGCGUGGACUUCGACAACAUGGAGGGCUGCUGGCACGACGAGCACUUCUUCACCAGGAUGGGCGUGUUCCAGGAGUACCUGCUCAGCGUCCUGGAGCAGCAGAAGCCCGAGGUGGACGUCAGGGUGCAGCUCGGUACCAAGUUCACAGACGAUUACCUACGCCGCAUCCCGGCCGGCGAGUGGCCACGCGUGAUCGUGGUGGCCGACGGCUCGUGCGGCGACUCCUGCGCCGUGCUGGGCCUCAGCUCCGACUACGCCGUGGAGUCGUGCCACGCCUACGGGGCCAACGCCAGCAUCGAGAGGCUGGACCAGAGACAGGUGCCCACUCCGGAGAUCCGCGCCCACAGCCUCUACUUCGACCUGUCGGCGUACGGCGUGGAAGCCCUGCGGGAGCACCGCAGCGCCGCGGCCAAGCCGGGAUUCCACGUGAAGAUCUACGGCACCUUCCGGAACCGCUACAUGGCCCUCGCCUGCCCCGCCUCCGACGCCAAGAUGGUUCGCUUCCUCAGACACACCGCCAAUUCCUCGAUCAUGAAGAACAUCUUCCACCAGUCCUUCAACGCGUACAAAACGGACGUCGAGCCGCGGCUGAAUGACGUGACGCUCUACCGCAUGCAAUGCAGCCGCCGCCUCUUCGAGAUCCAGCUGUCGCAUCGCCGGGUCAGCGCCGCCUACAUCGAGGGGGACAACGUCGCCGUCACCGUGGAGGGCGAGGCGGCCCGCGUUCUCAACUUUGACACGGGUUGCGGCGUGAAUCUGGGCCUGCGAGGGCUGGAGUCCAUGGGCGCGUUCAUCUACCGCACCGCCACGGCCGUGGACCAGCAGGACGUCCUGGAGGCCCUCGCGGCCAAGAUGCAGCACUCCAGACAAGUGGCCCGCGCCUUCAGGCAGACGGGCCUGACCGAGUCCAUGUUCGGCUGACGCAGGUGCAAUGUCCCCUCCUAGUGGUCACACAGGGAAGGGAACGCAGGUACCGAUGCGCACUGUACAUGAGAGCGACUCACUUAAAAACACGCUGUAAUGAUUUUGCGACGAUCUUUGCUGCAGUAGGAUAUUUUUCUGUGCUGGCCUGUUUCCAUUUUCAUAUUUAAAAAUGGGUCUUUAGAAACGAAACGAAACUUGACUCCGAAAACUCAAAAAACCUCAGCGUCAACAAAACCCGAUGUUGAGGGGGUCCGGAAAGAUUCUCUUGGGAUUUUGAUUUUUUGAUUUUUCUUAAAGUCUCCUUUAAGGAAAAUUUGUUUGAUUAUGUUGAUACUCUUGUACCAAUACAGGUGAUAUCAUAUGAAUGCUCUUAAUGUAAAGGGAAUUAAAUCAAAUCCUUGUAUCAUUUUGUCUUUUUAACGAAUCCAAAAAUAUAUAGAACAAUGAUAAUCUGAAUUUAAUUCGUGUUAUAACCAAUUAAGGGCUUAAAAAAAAAAGGCUGGCUGGCUCAUUGGCCACCAAAACGCAAGUGGCCGGAAGCGGAAAUCCGCCAUCUUGGUACUCCCAAAACAACCGUGCUGACCAGUUUCGUUCCUGCGAGAAAACAUUCCACAGGUAAAUUAGAAAGAUUUACUUUGACGCUGUUAAAGUUUGUUUGUAAAGGGUUUUUUUUUUUUCCUGAUCUUAAUUCACUUGAACGAAGUUUUGUUGACGGUUGUUGUUGUUCACUGUUCAUUCUCUGCUUGACCUUUUUAGGCCGACGUUUUUUUCCGCUAAAAAGCAAUGUAAAUAUUCUCCCAAACUCCAUCAGUGGACAAGUAAGAAAACACAUUUUCUGUGAAAUUUUUUGAUGAAUUUCAGAAUACAGAAUUCAGCAAAUUGAAUUUUCAAAUUUUCGAGGAAACAAGUUUUAAAUGUUCUGUCUGAAAUAGGACGUCGCGGAGGCAACAAAUGAACUUUUAGCGUUAAGCAUGUAUUUUCCCAUUGCAAGUCCUUAUUUCCAAAAAUAUAUCCAACUGAUUGACUUAAAAUGUAAUGUUUUUAAUGACAAAAAAAUAUGUAGUUUUUUUUGCUAUGUCAUGAUGAUCGUGCUUCACAUCGUAUUUUGGGAAAACUGAACAUGUCACGGAAAUCGGGCCCCAGGUCAUGCGCGAGGUUUCUUGCUAGUCACGCUGUUCCGAAACUUCAUCAGUGGAUCAGCGAGAAAACACAUUUUCUGUGAAAUUUUUUGAUGAAUUCCAUAAUACGUAACUCUGCAAAUUGAAUUUGAGUUUCAAAUGCGAGGAAACAAGUUUACAUUUUUUGUCUAAAAUAGGACGUCGCA